CGCUCCUCGUUCUCCCAUUGCUGCUCGAGUCUUUCGCGAUUCUUUUUCGUCAUGGAACAAGUUGCAGCACCGCAUUUGCUGCUCUGGCUGCUCGAGUCUCUUCGUCACCCACUUUUGGGCGCGCAAACCUCUUCGCAUGUGAUAGCGUGGUACAGUCCUCGCCUCGCACGCGACCAUGUCCAUUCAUGCCAGAGUACAGCCGAUAAUUAUAUCGACUCUAUACCAAACUCGAAAUGUCCCAAGUUGUUGCUUUGA